AUGUCGAUAUAAGAAGUUUAGAAUUCUCAUCUAUUAGGAACUUAUUUGAAUUCUUAAUCUUCCCUAUUAGUUUUCUUAUGUGUUACAGAUGCUCAGAUAGAAGAUGUCGAAUAAUUAGCUCAAUCUAUUUAUAAAAUUUCAUUCAAGUAAUUUCGUCAUUAAUACUUUUUAGAAAUACCAAUAAAAAGAUCGUGCUCUAUACUAAAUCCCAUUAAAACAAUGCAACUGUAUAUAAUAAAGUAGUAUUAAAUAGGCACAUCAACUAGAAAAGGAUUAUGUGAUAGUUUAAAAAUUAUCAGCUGUAAAUUAUCCAGUUUUUAGAACUUUAUUUUAUUGUGCUGAUCAAUCUAUAAUAGGUGUUCCCUUUUAUGCAACCUAAUAUAUGGAAGGAAGAAUCUUUUCAGAUCAGAAAUUUAUUGGAAUGCCAUUAAAAGAAAAAAUUAUUAUAUAUUAAGAAGUAGCUAAGGCCUUAGCUCAUUUACAUUCAAUUAGCCUAACCUAUUUAGGACUCGAAUAAUUAGAUUAGAGGACUUGCAACUAUUAAAUCGUAAAUAAAAAAUUUUAUAAUACUUAUAAAUUAAAUGAAACUAAAAUUUCAAAAAAUAUUGAGGAUUUAUUAUAUUGGUUGCCAUUGAAUUUACCUGAGAAUUCUGAAUUAGAUACACUAUGUUUAAUUCAUGGAGAUUUCUCUUUAUCAAAAGUACUAUUUCAUCCAACAGAACCAAGGAUUCUAGCUAUCUUAGAUUGGUAAGCAGCAUAAUUAGGAAAUGCAUUUACUGAUCUUGCCAAUCUUUUAUCUCCAUAUUAUAUUCCUUAUUCUAAUGGAAUACAUUAAAUAGAUGGAUGGUAAGGAGUUGAAAUGUUAGUAGAUGCUCCCAAUUUAUAAGAUGUCAUUAAAUCAUAUUUCGCUGUUAGAUCAACUAAAACAAUCCCAGACAUUAGAUAUUAAAUAAUACAGGCAAUAUUGAAAAAAUCAAUUGAUCAAUAAAUUUUAUUUAAACAAACAAAAAAUACUCAGUAUUUAGCUAAUUCAGAAUUUUUAUCAGAAGCUGGAUACUAAAUAAUAUUAGAAUUAACAGAAGGAGAUCCAUUUGGUAUCAAGUUGAGAGCAGAAAAGGAUUGUGCAUUAUGGUCUAAUUGGCCAGUUACAGAUAGAUGCAAAAGCUACUAUUAUAGAAUAAAGGAUUUCUUGAAGUAAGAGGUGUUUCCUAUUGAAAAGGAAAUUUUAGAUAAGUCAAGAGCAAUGCCAACUACUACUUUAAAUAAAGGUAUUCCAGAAAUAGAAAUUUUGUAAAGGAAGGCCAAAUCACUUGGAUUAUGGAAUUUAUUCAUUUCUGAUCCAAUUUAUGGAAAAGGUCUAACAAAUUUAGAAUAUGUAUUUUUGUCAGAAUUGAUGGGACUUAGUUAUUUGGCUCAUGAAAUUUUUAAUUGUUUCGCUCCUGAAACUGGUAACAUGAAACUUUUGAUUGGUUAUGGUACACCAUAUUAAAAGGAGAAAUAUUUGAAACCAUUAUUGGAAGGAGAAUGUAAGUCUUUCUUUGCAAUGACAGAGAAAAAUGUUUCAUCAUCAGAUCCAAAUAAUUUCUAAUUUACAAUUACUCCUACAAAUGGAGGUUAUAUAAUAAAUGGAGGUAAAUGGUUUGUUUCAAGUGCUCCAGACGAGAGGGCAAAAUUUGGAAUAGUAAUGGGUAAAUCAUCUUAGGAUAUGUCAAAUCCUAUGGAAUCAUAAUCAAUGAUUAUCGUAGAUAUGCCAAAUCCUAAGAUAUAGAUUAUAAGAUAACUAGGAUUAUUUAGUUUCUAUGAUCUUCCACAUAGCUAUGCUGAAGUUAAUUUUGAUAAUGUUUUUGUACCUAAGGAGAAUUUGUUAGGAUAAUUGGGUGGAGCAUUUAAAAUGGCAUAGGGUAGAUUAUUAGGUGGAAGAUUACAUCAUUGUGUUAAAUAGAUUGGAUUAACAAGAAGAUGUUUAGAUUUAAUGAUUAGUAGAGCAUCAUAGAGAGUAAUUUUUAAUUAAAAAUUGAAAGAUAAUGAUGCAUUUUAAGAGAAAUUAGGUUUAACUGAAAUUGCUAUAGAAAAUUGUAGAUUAUUAAGUCGUAAUGCUGGUUUGUUAUUGGAUUCAGCAGGAUCCAGACAUCUAAGUACAUUUAUGGCUGUAAGUUAAUGUAAAGCACAUAUUCCUAAAGCAUGUCAAAAGAUGAUUGACUAAUGUAUUUAAGCUUUUGGUGCUGAAGGAGUAACUGAUGAUUAACCUUUGGCUGUAUCAUUCCGAUUUGCAAGAGCAAUCAGAUUUAUGGAUGGCCCUUGUGAAGUUCAUUUACGAUAGAUCGCUAGAUUUGCUUUUGGUAAUCACCUAUUCAAUGAUCUGAAUAAUGCUUAAGGCUAUGGAUUAGCUAAAUUAUGA